GCGUAAAUAUGACCCCGAGGUGUCGAUGGCGAACAUAACAGAGAACGUCUACAUCGAGAAGUGAUGGAAGAUGCAGGCUUAUAUGGGGAUUCUAUACAGGGAACAUGCAGAUUCAUGUGUCCGGAGAAGGAAAUAGAUUUGAGAGAGAGAGAAGAACUCUUACAUUUCUUGGAAGGAGUAAAAGAUGAAACUGGAAGAUUCAGAUGUGUCCGCUCUAGGGUAGUGAAAGAAUACAGUCGCCCAGCCGCUGGCAAGGAAGACCCUGAGCCAAGUGACCUACGACCUGCACAUGUACUUAAAAAGACUGUUGAUUACUUGUUGGGGAGAGUGGCUGUCCGAACUGACCGCUCCUGGUCCGUUUUGUAUGACUUUGUCUUUGACCGACUGCGGGCAGUCAGACAGGACAUGGUUAUCCAGAGUAUCGGAGGAUGUGAUGGAAUCGAGCUCCUUGAGAAAAUAGUCCGCUUCCACAUCUAUGCUGGUUAUAGACUGUGUACACAGCCCAUGUCGGUGUACGACCCACAGAUCAACGACCAACACACCCAGGAAUGUCUCAAACGGCUUAUCACACUUUACGGAGUUGUCCCCCCUGAUCAUGCCCACCAGGAGGAAUUUGAGAGCCUCUAUCUCAUGUUUAAUCUGGGUCAGACAGAUGCUUUGAUGCACUUCUAUGACCUUCCUAAACAUGUCAGGGAGUUACCAUUAGUGGGUCAAGCUUAUAGAAUCAGCCUCGCCCAUAAUCUAGGGAAUGCUGUCAGGAGUCUGCGUCUCAUGGAGCCUGAAAAAUACAAACGCUAUCCUCUGUUUGUAUGUGCGGCUCACCGACACAUCAGCAACAUCCAAAGUAAAACUCUUCAUGUGCUGAGCGUUGGUUUUAACUCUAAAUCCUUUGCGUACCCGCUGGACAAACUGACUAGACUCCUUUGGUACACGGACACGAGUCAGGCUUCGGACAGUUGUAUGCAUCACGGUUUGACGAUUACAGAGCAGUCAUCCAUCUUGUUUCAGAAAACAUCUUUCAGAUAUCCAGAUAAGGUGUUGCACACACAUCACCCCGAGAUAGACGAAAUCCUUUCACCAGUAUGCUUAGCUGACAUCUUCCUACAAGGCGGAGCCACUCCAGAGGCCUUGGAACAAGACGGCAUCACGUAGACUACUGUACAGCGACACCUUCACUAUUUCAUCCAAUGCAAAUGUUUUCCUGAAAAUGUUAUGGGCAGCCAUUUUUACUUGUCCAGAUUAUACACACGUUUUGCUAAUUGAAAAUACAUUUGAUCUCAAUCAGAGUUUUCGGAUUUAGAACGCUUUCUAAUGGUGCUCUUGUCCAAAAAUUUAAUUGCAAAAUCCAUCUUCUUUUUUAAUUUUAAUUCUUUUUUUUUCAUUCAACUUCUUUUUCAAGGUUAUUUUAGUUCCAGUAAUUUUUAUAUCAGGAAUCAAUGAUUUUAACCAAUAACUUGUUUAAGUAAAUAUUUGUGAUAAGAUAAUUAUGCAUGUACUGUUUUUAACAUUUUUUGUUAAUCCUUCCUUAUUUGAUUUCUGCAUGAGUUUUGUUUUAGGAUUUAUAUAAAUAGUAAUAAAGACAGAAAACUUCAACCCAAGGGCAAGAUUUUUUUACAGUAAAAAUGCAAUCUGGAAAUUUUAAUAUUUUACUGUAAAAAUGUCAUCUGGGAUUUUUAAAUUUUACUGUAAAAAUGUCAUAUGGGAUUUUUAGAUUUUACAGUAAAAAUGUCAUCUUGGAUUUUUUCAGAUUUUACAGUAAAACUGUCAUCUGUAAUUUAUAGAUUUUACAGUAAAAAUGUCUUUUUGGAAUUCUUCAGAUUUUACAGUAAAAAUGUCAUCUGGGAAUUUUAGAUUUUACAGUAAAGCUCUCAUCUGGGAUAUUUAGAUUUUACAGUAAAAACUUCAUCUGGGAAUUUCAGAUUUUACAGUGAAAACGUCUUCUUGGAUUUUUUCAGAUUUUACAGUAAAAAGAUGUCUUCUGGGAAUUUUUAGAUUUUACAGUAAAACUGUCAUCUGGGAUUUUUAGCUUUUACAGUAAAAAUGCCAUCUGGAAUUUUUAGAUUUUACAGUAAAAUGUCUUCUGGGAUUUUUAGUUUUUACAGUAAAAAUGUCGUCUGGGAUUUUACGAUAUUACUGUAAAAACAAAAACUGGGAUUUUAAGAUUUUACAGUAAAAACAUUUUCUGGGAUUUCAAGAUUUUACAGUAAAAAAAAAAUCUGGGAUUUGAAACGGUAUAAGUUUAUCUAUGAUUUGAUAUUUUACAGAAUAAAUUUUGUCUCUGAUUUUAUAUUUUACAGAAUAAAUUUUGUUUCUGAUUUGAUAUUUUACAGAAUAAACUUUGUCUCUGAUUUGAUAUUUUACAGUAUAAAUAUUAUCGGGGAUUUUCAGUAUAAGUUUUAUCUAGAUUUUCAGUAUAAAUUUUAUCUAGGAUUUUCAGUAUAAAAGUUGUCUGGGAUUUGAUUUUUCUCCUUCACUGAAAACUUUUUAAUAUUUUUAAUUUUUAUUUUUGUUCUUAAAGUCACAAUGUCAAAAGUAUGAUGCUAUUUUUAGAAACAGGUGCAAAAAUUGAUGAUGUGAUCCUAUUUUAAUAAGGCUUCAAUAUGCAUAGUGAUGAUGUUUAUGAUGGCAGAUGCACAUCUAUUGUAAAGUGGUGUAAUUUUCAUAAGAAAGAUAUGAUGUGAGUUGUCUUUCCUUUCCUAUGGAAGGAUACAUUGAAACGUGAUUGUAAUGUAGGGGUACAUUCGCGUAUCCGGUUGAACCGGUUGAACCUGUAAAGAAUACGACAGGCACAGAUCUCGACCGAG